GGGGCGCCAGCGAUUGGGAAAGAAACGCAAGGAAGAAGCGGAAGCGGAAAUGACGCAAUGUUUCUGUGGAGAGGGAAAUUCAAAAGUGGUCGACGUUAGUAAACAAAACAAUCCUUUUCAAAAAGGUCCACAAAAUGCCUGCAAAGUGACAACUUAAAUCCCGAAUGUCAAAGACACCCGGCAUCUGGUCUGAUUUUUUGGGACCGAGGUGACCUUCGACACCGGAGGCUGCACAUUCUUCGACCGGCAUGAAGAGAGUCCGACACCCGCAGGGAGAGACCGGCGGCAAAAUGGAGGAUGAGUCUUGUGUCCUGUGCAGGAGCUCAGAAGACGACCCCGCCUUGUUUGGGGACAAGAUGCGUGUGCAGGAGCACAACCUGUCUGUGCACUACUUCUGUCUGCUGACGUCCUGCGGCGUGUACCAGCGCGGCAAGGAGGACGAGGGUGUGUUGGGCUUCCUGGUGGACGACAUCAAGAGCGAGAGUCGGCGCUCGGCCCGCCUGACGUGCUGCGUGUGCAAGAAGAAAGGAGCGUGUGUGGGCUGCAACGUAACAAGCUGCAGGAAGAUGGUGCACUUCCCGUGUGGACGCCAACACAAGUUCAUCUCUCAGUUCACAGGACAUUUCCCGUCUUACUGUCCCGACCACAGUCCCUCUCAGUCUGUAUGCGUGACCUCCGACCUGAGUCUGGUGCGGUCGUGUUCAGUGUGUCUGGACUCCCUGGACCCGGUCCUGUCCUACCACGUCCUCAAGUGUCCAUCUUGUCACGGCAGCUGGUUCCACAGGGACUGUGUGCAGCGCCAAGCGCACAGUGCGGGCGUGUUCUUCUUCAGGUGCACACUGUGUAACAACAAGGAGGAGUACCAGGAGGAGAUGAAGCGUAUGGGAAUAUACAUGCCAGAGAGAGAUGCAUCAUGGGAGUUGGAGGCCCACGCCUACUCUGAGCUGCUGGAGGUCUACACCAACUGCGACGCCCACUUCUGCCUCAACGACUGUGGACGCGCGCACUCCGCCCAGGGCGGGUGGUUCCAGGUGAUCCGCUGCCGGCUGUGUGGAUCCAGAGGAACUCACAGGAAGUGUUCCGGUCUCAGCGUGGACACCCAAGACUGGGCCUGUCCUGACUGUGCCAAGGCCACUGAUGGCAGAGCGUCCCUGGCUGCGUCUCCUCAGGUGUCGACGAGGAGGCUGAGCCGGCUGCCCCAGAGUCCCCUGAGCUCCUCCCCCCCAAGCCUCAGCUGCAAAAGGCCGUCGCUACCUGCGGCGUCAGGAUCACCCGAGGAGCUCCUGCGGGCGUUAGUCCCUCCCCACCAGCUGCGGGCCCAGGUGCGGGUGGAGGUGAGCAAGGAGCAGGCGCUGGCGGCCGCCGUGAAGCUAAUCAGGGGGCCAGACUUCGACCCCGCGCGGCGUCUGUCCGUCAGGUUCCGAGACCACCAGCGGGCGUUUCGCAGCAGCCCUUGGAGCGGCGACACGGCCAGGAAGUACUUCUUCAAGGUCCUGGUGCAGCAGAUUCAGGACUCUCCGCUGUUCGAGGGUCCGGAUGGAUGUAAAAACCUGGCGCUGGACUCCCAGGCUCUCCGUGACGACCAGUACUUCGACGCCGGCUGCCUGCUGGCCCUCGCCAUGGUCUACGGCGCGCCGCACGUGGGCUUCUUCUCGCCGGCGCUCUACCAGUGCCUGUUCAACUACCCGCCCAAUCGCCCGCUCAGCAUCGCUCACAUGACGCCCGACACGCACCUGAGCCGCCAAGUUCUCAGGAUGGCGCAGGCGGAGUCUGUGGAGCAGCUGAGGGACGCCAUGGCCGCCAGCAAGGACUUCCUGGAGGUGGCGGGCUGCAACCGACCAAUCGGGAGCCUCCAGGAACAAGGCGCCCUGGUGGAGGACCUGGUGAGCUUCCUGCUGAUCGCCAGGAUGCAGCUGCCCCUGCAGAGGUUCCGACAAGGCCUGCAGACCCUGGGCGUCUUUGAGCAGGUGCAGCUCUUUCCCGCCGCCUUCUGCUCCGUCUUCUGCCAGGCGGAGCUCCAGCUGUCGGCGCAGACGCUGGCCGGGCUCUUCGCCCCCGACUUCUCGCCGCAGGAGGAGCGCGUGGGCCGAGAGACGUCCGCCGUGGGCUACUGGAGACACUUCCUGUUUGAGUGCGAAGCCGGACGCAGCUCCGUCUCCCUGCAGGACCUCCUGCGCUUCAGCACAAAGAGCGAGAGGCUGCCGGCCACCGGCCUCCUCCCUCCGCCCUCCAUCUCCUUCCUGCACCCUCCAGGCUCCGCCCCCGGCGAGGAGGAGAGUCUCUUCCCGCAGAGCAAGCCUGACCAGAACGUCCUCCUCCUGCCCGCCACCUCCUCCUACCAGGCCUUCAAGAAGUGCAUGGAGCAGGCGGUCAGCCACCAGGUGCACCUCCUGCCGUAGAGGCGGGGCCAGGAGGCGGGGCUUGUCUGUCAGCAGCAUUAUCACAGCUACGUCAUUCUUUCUUCUUCUUCAUGCAUAUGUUGUGUGUUAUUAUGAUGUCAUGUUUCAUUCCUUGGACUUUCCCUUCAGGCAUUAGCAAUAAAUGUCACGUCUUCUCCUUGUUGGACUCCGUCAA